AUGGGAAAGGAGAAGAAAAAUAUUUUUGAAAGAUUUCGGAAUGUGAAAAGCAAAGAAUUAGAACUAGAACAAACAUUGUUUAAAGAUAAACAAGAUCGAUUAGAGGAAAAGAUACAAGAUAUGAGUGAUAAAUUAAAGAAAUAUGAAGAUGAAAUCGAGAAAUAUAAAGAUGACCUAGAGACCAUUAAAGAGCGGUCUGAAAGUUUAGAGCAACAAUUAAAAAGUGAAAAGGAACUAAGAAUGAGUUUGAUGCAACUAUCUGAAAAUAAAAUCAAGAAUUUGGAAAAAAUGGCAUCGCAACGAUUAAAGACUUUAACCAAAGAGACAAGAGAAAUUAAGAACAAACACAGUCAUUUAAAUAAACGGGUUAGCAAUGGUGAAAGUAACGAUAAAAUGCAUUCUAAAAAUUACGCAGAACUUUCGGUCAAAGUUUCUGAAACUAAUAACCAAAUGAAAAACCAAGAGGAAAAGUUUAACAAGGAGAGCAAGAUAAACAAAGAUAGAAAUGACAACUUUACUAAUGUGGAUAUCCUUCUGAUCUCUCUCAUCAUAAUCCUGUUACUCUCCAACAUCAAGACAAACUGGACAGUAAACUCUAUAAAAUAA